AUGAUUGGCACAAUUCGAAAAGCUGCUUUCGAAUCCAACGUUUGGGGGGGGGGUGUGAGAAUCGAGUCGAAUGGGUUGUUAGUUGCAUGUCGCCUUAGAGAAUACCAGGUCAUUGGCCGCCACUUGCCAUCCGAGGCAAACCCAGCCCCAAAGUUGUACCGCAUGAGAAUAUUUGCACCAAACACCGUGGUUGCAAAGUCUCGUUUCUGGUACUUCUUGAUGAAGUUGAGAAAGGUCAAGAAGGCAAACGGAGAGAUCGUCAGCUUGAACGAGAUCACCGAGAAGCGCCCAAUGAAGGUUAAGAACUUCGGUAUCUGGAUCAGAUAUGAUUCUCGCUCCGGAACUCACAACAUGUACAAGGAGUACCGUGAGAUGUCAAGAACCGAUGCUGUUGAGGCUUUGUACCAAGACAUGGCCGCCAGACAUCGUUCCCGUUUCAGGUCGAUCCACAUCCUGAAGGUUGUUGAGAUCGAGAAGAUCGAAGACGUCAAGCGCCCAUACAUCAAGCAACUCCUCGAGAAGAACCUCAAAUUCCCCCUUCCUCAUCGCAUUGCCAAGUCUAUGACCGCCAACCUGUUCGCCUCAAAGAGACCAUCAACUUUCUAUUAA